AUGGCGACAGACCAUCUUUCUGCGCUCAUGAGCGUAAUGCGCGAGAAAAAUAAGUACACCGACCUCGUGGUCAAAGUCGGCAAGGACAUGGAUGAAUUCAACCUGCACAGAGCUGUUGUCUGCGGCCAAAGCAUCUACUUUGACCUGUACUGCUCCGAUUCUUCCAAGGCAAGUCAUAAAUUCUGCAAGCGACAGGAAGCAGAGACGGGCGUGAUUGGGCUCCCUGAUGUCGAACCAGCGCCCUUCAAGGUCCUGGUGGACUACUUGUACACGGGCAAACUCAAACUGCCGACACUCUCGCGGUUUCCCAGAAAACACAAUUAUCUAUCGUUGAUGGGAACGCCCUCGCCGUUCAGGCAGACAUUGGUGCAAAAUGUUGAGAAAUCUGCAACAAUUCGCCCUGUGGACGCGUACCAGCACAUUUCGGCGCAAGAAGAGUACAAGUACUUUUCCCCCGAAGAGCUUAGACUCGCCGACUACAGCCGUGGCUGGCGAGGUCCGAAAGCUUCGAUACCUCAAAAGCGACGCGAAACUGCUGAUGUUGGAUGCACCGCUGUGGGUGGCCUUCCUAACAAACGGCCUCAUGUAUCAUCGCCAGCACACGUCAACGAUCAACCGCAGCAGAUUACAGAUAUCUCCAAUGUGUCACCUGACUCUCCGUCUGCAGACGGACCACCACUGCCUGCUCAACCGCAUGGAGCUCAGCUCGGUCUUACCACCUUGGCCAUCACCAAUCCGUUCUUGGACGCACCCACGAUUCCCCUUUCGAACCCUAUCACAUCUUCUGGGCUUUUCCAGUCUUCUGGGAUCCAAAGAUCAGAUAAUUCGUAUCUUCCGUCACAGCAACAAACAAACAAGUCUGAAACGCCAAAACAACCUUGUCAGGCUUCCCAUAUUAUCCCGGAAUCCCACCUCCCCAACCCGCGCGCCACUUGCCAGACGAUGUUAUUUGCGCUCCGAGUCUACAUCUUGGCAGAUCAGUUUCAGAUCCCCAAGCUGCAGGCACUUUGUCGAGAACAGUACCAAGAGUCUAUCAACGCCGCCGAGAAAGAUAUCAUGUGGCGGUGGGAUCGUUUUGGCGACGUUGUCCAGUGCGUAUUUGAGAACAAGCAGUUGGAGGCCCUCAAGAAUCCGCUGCUGCGGCUAGUGAUCAAAAAGCGUAAGAUCCAUAUCUUUUGGGAAAGCCUGGAGGAGCUAAUGGACGAGAUCCCAGGAUUCGAAAGGGGCUUGCUAGAAGCGCUCAGGCAGGCUACACUACCAGGUGAGACUGACCUGCUUCCGGUGGAGUAGACCUGCUUCUGAAGCUCAAGGCGGUUGCUAUUUUGUUGCGGAGUAGAGCAUUUUUGUGUUUGAUUUGUCACAUUU